UUCUCGUAUCUCGCUUCUGGUCAAUUCCUACACUUUCUCGGUAACCAAACAAAGGUACAAAAUUUGAUUCUUUUUGCGGAGAUGAGUUCAAAGACAUUACAAGCUUCAAAGAUAUAUAGGGAUCUUCUCAAAUCUGUCAACAAACACAUAGGCAAAGAAGGGUAUAAGAAUCAUUUUGGAGACUAUAUAACGCAAGAGUUUAGAAAGAACUGCAAUGUUUUAGACCAAUCUUCUGUUCAGCAAAAACUUAAGCUUGCUCGUGAUUACACUUUUUUACUUAACAGCGUGCAGCAUCACAAGGAGUUGCUGUUCUCUUACAACAUUGCUGUGGAUAGAUCGGAUGAAAUGAAAAAAACACUACGAAAAUCAGCUGGAAGUGUAGGUCUUCAGCUUCCGGAGGUUUAUCAGCCUUGAUGGUCGGUUGGUUUUGAAUAAAUUCUUGUUUCAGGAUGAAAAUUAGUUCAAAAAACAUUGAUUGAGGCAGCGUUCGACUUGUUUCCUUGUUUGAUGCUUGCAAAAUACCAAUGGCUACGUCUCCUUUUUUUGAAUACUUUUAUAUUUGAGGUAAUUACUUGUCUAUCUUAAUGAAUUGUCAACAAAAUCAUUAAGGUUCACUUUCAAUAAGAGAUUCAUCUUGGAGUUA